GCUCCUCAGCCCGCCAUGUCCCGGCUGCUGCCGCUGCUGAGGAGCCGGACCGCGAGCAGCUUGAGGCCGGGCCCGGCCGCCGCGCCCCGCCAGCCGUCCUGGUGCUGCUGCGGGCGGGGGCUGCUGGCGCUCUCGGCCCCCGGCGGCUCCCGGGGGCUGGGCACCCACCCCAAGAAGGAGCCCAUGGAAGCGCUGAACACGGCGCAGGGCGCGCGCGACUUCAUCUACAGCCUGCACUCCACCGAGAGGAGCUGCCUGCUCAAGGAGCUGCACCGCUUCGAGUCCAUUGCCAUCGCCCAAGAAAAAUUGGAAGCACCACCACCCACACCAGGACAGCUGAGAUAUGUAUUCAUCCACAAUGCGAUACCUUUCAUAGGGUUUGGCUUUUUGGAUAAUGCAAUUAUGAUUGUUGCAGGCACCCAUAUUGAGAUGUCUAUUGGAAUUAUUUUGGGAAUUUCAACUAUGGCAGCUGCUGCUUUGGGAAAUCUUGUGUCAGAUUUAGCUGGACUUGGACUUGCAGGCUACGUUGAAGCUUUGGCUUCCAGAUUAGGCUUGUCAAUUCCUGAUCUUACACCAAAACAAGUGGACAUGUGGCAAACACGUGUUAGUACACAUUUUGGCAAAGCUGUUGGGGUGACUAUUGGCUGCAUUCUAGGAAUGUUUCCUUUGCUUUUCUUUGGAGGAGGUGAAGAAGAUGAAAAACUGGAAAAGAAAAAUUAACUCUCUUAGAAUAUCUAUAAAAAGAUGUAAACUAAUGUACCUCAAUUACUAAAUAUGCUGUCACAACAUUUAGGAAUUAAGACAAUAACAGUGUAUAGAUAUGGGAUCAAAUAAUUCAGCAUGUAUUAUGGAAAACACUAACUUAUUGUGGCUUGGUUUUCUUAGGACAUCUUUUUAAAAAAAAUGUUUAGUAUCAUUUUGUGUAAAUUGUUGAAAUGCUUUUUCAUCAGUAGCAGUCAACAUUUUACCUUUUUCUUUACAUAUCAAAAUAUCAUUUAAGUAUCAGUCGUUGGUGUACUGUACUCAGUUGGGGUUUGCCUAUUUGUUAUUUCAUGUGUGUGCAUGCACGAAAGGGUCUUCUGUUGUGGCUGUUGUUCCCUAGUUACAAUUCAGCCUUGAGACUUUUUUCCAAAUUAUGGACGAUAUUUAAUAUAAGUUAAAGGUUUUUCUUUUUACUCUGUUUGGCAACAUCAAUUUUGUACUGUUUUACAGUAAACACUUAGAAUCAUAUAAUUUCAGUCACCUUUUUAACUCAUUCUACUCAAGAUAGACCACACUUCAAGCAUUUUAAGUAUCUGUUGCUCAUUUCAGUUUUCUGACCUCACUGUCUCAAGAGGUUAAUCAGAAUGAGUAAUUAUGUGGUGUCCCUACUACAUAAAACCACAAAUGUUAAUAAGUGUAUUUUCAGUUGAUUUUUUAACCUUUAAUUUCUCAAUUUUGAAUUAUUGCCUGGUGGUUUCUAACUCCUUAGGGGAAGAAAAUGAUUAUUUUAAGGUCUUUUAUAAAUGAGGAGUAUGGAAUUAGGGUAAAAUAAGGGGUUUGACAUGACACUUGGAAAUUAAGAGGCUAAAACAUCUUUUUAGAGAAGAAGAAAAUGGGAACUGUUGAGAAGGCUUAUGGUAUAAGCGGUAAAGUUGUGGUGUUUAGAGGGUUAAUGAGAUACAAAUUAUAUUGUUUGGGAUGGAUUUCUUUUCCCCCAAAGUGUCUCCUCAUCUGAUUUGAAUGAAUCUGAGUACCCCAUACUCAUAAUCCUGAAGUCUUGUCUCAUUUAGUGAAUUUUAUUUUGGGAUAACUCACUUUGAGCUAAAAACUACAUA